GAUAGUUGACUCGUUACGGCAUCGCAAGAUUUUCAAAAACGGUGUGUAACUUACACACUGAGAUAGAAUGUACCAGUUCGACUCUGCAUACGAUCAGGAGGUUCCACACAUGUACCCGAAGGUAAACUACUCACAAAUGAUGUCUCGCUAACAAAGAUACUUUCAGUUUUGUUUCCAUUCAUCGAUCACUUUCUUCAUUUACUUUCGUCAGCUCUCUUCAAGACCCACUCACGUCGAACGAAAAUCUUGUAGUCCCGUUGAGCGUAUUCGCGGACAGGGUGAAAAUUUGUCUCUAGACUCGCAAGGUAAUCAUAACCUACGCUUGGUUGCCAAUAUUUGUGUUUAUUAGAUUGUCUGACGUUCCAAAAAAAAAUUGAAAACGAAAUAGAUCGGAUCAUUUUUUAUCUUUUGUCAGAAUUAUUUCAAGAUUUGUGCCAAAUGCAAGAACACUGGAUGAUUGAAGGUAACUACGUUAACGUGAAGUGUGCGGCGAGUUAGCGAUAAUUUUAUUAGCGUAGGGAAUGAAACAUCCUGAAUAAUUGAUGAAAAAGUGCCGAAUUCAUUAAACUCAGAUCUUAGACGCAUAACGUUUAAUUUUCUCUUUCUGUGUGACUUUUAAAGCCCGGCCAUACCAGCCAAGUACGACAGACGAGCAAUUUGUCCCAGAAAUCGAAGGGAACUCGACUUCUUCGAAAGAAGGUAACUGUCAAAUAUAUUGUUGUGUUACCUGAAAAAAAUAUUCAAAGAAGAUUAGGUGUACGUUUCUUACUAAGCAACAGGUAUAGGGUAAGAAGCAGAAAAAUAGUUUUUUUUGAGCGAAGUUACCUCCAGCUGUAAAUGUCGCCAAAUUUUUUUUCCGCGUCUUCAUGUAGUUGUUAGAGGAACGUUAAUUAAGUCGAAUUUUGUCGGUAAACACGUGCCUUAAGUAAGAUUUCUGACCGCUGAAACACCACCGUAAUUAAUGUUAUCUCUGGUGACAGCGUUUUUUCCCAAUCUCUCCUUGUUUUUUGCCUCGGGGUUAGAUUAUUUAUGCCUUAAAAACACCGCUGUAAUGUUAUGAUGCUCAUAAAUUUGCAGCCAUUUUCCAACUGGAGAAAAGUCACUAAAAACCGCAUCAAAAGAUCCGCGCCGAUAAAUGGCCUUAAAUAUCGAUGAAUAUUUUUCAGGUCUCUAUUUGCCUAAAACGAAGUUAAAUAACAGUUUUUUUCUUGUUUUUAUGGGGAGCCUUGAUUUUCAAGCAAUAAUACAAUCACCCGGCGUAUUAUUUUCCCAACAAAAGUUGUACAUUUCGCUUGUUUUCCUUGCUCUGCCCCCAUCCCAUUUUUUCAUUAUGUAAAUAAGGCAUUCUUUUUUGUUUAGGCCAUUCAUAACGUUAGUUUUGUUUUGAAAAUGAAUAGGCAUUUUUGUCUAGAGGUAUAUUUUUUCUCGUUUUGUAGGCUGCUAUGCCACACACAUUAAAGCAGAGCCGAGGGAGCGCGCCUGUCAACAGACUGAACACUAUCGCCGAGGAACACUCAAGAACACAAAUAAGAUGGACAAGGCCAGCGACAACUCUUCCUACAUGAGAAUGAUCAGUGAAAGCCAUGCUUCAAGCAGUUCCCCUUUAGUAUACACCUGCUCAGCUCAGCCAUCGGGUUUUCACUGUAUGAAGGGCUACAGACAGUUAGCGUACGACAGCACGCCUUUCGAUUCAUCGCAAGCUCCAAGCUAUCCUUCCAUCAAGCAGGAACCUAUCGAUUACACGACAUGCGAGAAUCCCUACGACCAAGGUACGCUUCGAAAAAACUUCUUCUCUCGUCUCAGUUCUGAAGCGUUUGUUCUUUGCUGUCUCUUCCAAUGUUUUUAAUUUUUCGUUCCUUCUACUUUUUUUAUGAACUAAUACCAAAUUUUCAUGCUUUGCUACAUCCAAGGAGUAAUAAAAUCAAGUCUUGUAUUUUUCGUCGUUAAUUUAAUUUUUUCUUCACUUGAAAUGUACACUUGUUGAAAGAAACACUUUUGUUGGGCUGUAUCACAUUCUGUUCUUGAUUUUCCCCCACUGGCAAAAGGCAAAGACAUUUUAAAGCAAUGACCACCCAGCGCCAAUCAAUUCUUCUCCGCUCAUUUAGGAAUGAAAAUUUUAUGAAGAGUGAAAGUUAUUUUUUAAUAAGCCUUUUUUUGCUAUCUUUACAGCAAUUACUGUGGUUUUUCAACUCCAAUUCCCUGCCUCGAUUAACAGCAGUGUAUGAAAUCUGUCACGUGUGUUUAGCACAAGAAAUGUACUAGUUGUUACUGCUGCUCAUUUCAGUUUGUGAAAUUGUUAGAUAACUGAUAAACGAACGCGUUGUAAACGGUUUUUAAGCUCUGCCCUUUUGUUUAGGUGCUUUGAUAAAGUAUAUAUGUUUUGUGGUUAAAGCACUAACAAAUGGCUUCCCCUAUAUAUAUAUAUUCUGUUGGCGGCUUCGCGUAAUUUAUUAUCUCUUCCUUUCAGAACGUUUACAAAGUCUCGCGUCGUUUCAUCAUCAGGUGCAUCAACAGGCCGAGUGUUAUGGCCUCCAAACAUCUUCAACAGAGGGUAAAUUUUUUCCAUUGUAAAAUACCACUCGGUGAAUUGUUUUUCAUUCUAAUUAGACAUUUUGAUAGCCCACACAUUAUGAAUAUUCAUGGCGCUUUGAUUUUAUGAUAGAAAAUGUUGAAAUUAAUUUUAAUUGUUAUGGAGUGAACCGAACACAAUAUCUGAAAUUUAAGGCGCAGAUGUUUUUACCAUGAUUGCUGCAUCACUUUAAUAUUUUCUUUGGCAAACACAUAUGAACUCAUGACAGCCUUAAGCCAGAUGCUCUUUCUUUCCCGAAAGCAAUUUCUUGCUCUUUUUCAUUUUCAAAAUCAAUUAAAUUAUUUUCAAACACCAUUCGCUCUGGACUUAAAAUAAUCGGCUAUAUUUUUUCUUCUCGACCUUCAGUAUUCUUGUUUUUGUGAGUGCGAGUUGUUUUCUUUUUUUGUAUGCGAGUUAUGAUGCUUUUCUCCACUUAAAAAUCUUAACAAAAAAAAUACUCGCUAAUUGAGGUAAAAACAUUUUCAAAGGGUUUUAGGAAGAUCCCUAGUUUACAUUUGGGAUGAAUCCUUGGCUUAGUUCCUUGGAUCGUUUAUUCCCCGCCGCUUCGCAAAUUCACUACUCGAUCUAGUGUUACAAUCCAAGCUUCCAGAUUUCUCACAAGCCAAGAUGCUAUUGUUUGCAUUUUGUAUUUCUGUAAUUAAAUUAUACGUUGACAGCGGUACAUUUCAGUGGGGCAUUUUAAGCCUUGAAGCACGGUAAAACAUGAUAGGCUUUUCCAAACUUUUUAAAAUUAGUUUAGAUUUUGAGAGCCAUUUACUCGGUAUUGUCAAAGGUAAUUUAAUUUGCUUGGUGUAGGAGAGUCGUUUAAAAUUCACAAUCAUCAUGCAGGUGUAUUUUAGCUUUCAAUGGGCUAAAUUUCAGCUGAUUAGUGUUUUAAAGUUCUCUUCCUCCUGAAUAUCUAUUCAAAGCGCACAAAACCUUGUUCUCUUACCGGUAGAAAUUAGUUGCAAAAGUGUUAUACAUGACCUUUUAAUUUCCCAAUUGCGCUCAAAUGAAGCAGAAGAGAUUUGCUCUUCUUUGCAGUCUUGUUGGUAACCGCCAUGAUAUAGAAAAGAGCAUUUAUUGACAGCGAAUAGAAUAAAAACACACCUCUUAACUCUGCUCAUUUUUAUUAUACAAAUAAAGGAAUUAAGCUAUGUUGAAGUUCAGAAUAUAGAGUUUCUUUUCGCUCGAUCAAGUUUGUUUGAAGUUGCUUAAGAAAAUAAGUACGUUGAAUUCAGAGCCUUUUCAAGCGACGCGAGCAAUGUCACCAGAGAAUUGCUCACAAAAUGUCAGUAAAAAUUUUUCAACGGCUUCCAGAGACUCACGAAAGUGUUUCAAUCAAUGUUCACACGUGAAUGAAUCGAUGAUUUGAUGAGCUCUGUAGUUUGUUCUUGUUUAUGCGGAUUUUGGUUUCUUUCAUUCGAUUAAUUACAUAAGUAGGUAGCUUCUCCUAUCAUGGUGAUACCAAACACUUCAGCCCACAUCCCGGUCAACUCACUCGAAUAGUUAACGUUGAAUUUGCCAUUUCACAGUUUUGUCGCGUUCUGAAUCUGAAACUCAGACCUACCCAAUGCGUUCUAAAUAUUCUAGAAAAUAAAAUGCGAGCACAAAGUAUGGCUAAUAAUUCAAUUCACAGUUUCUUUAAUUGUAGAAACGGAAGACGGUACAAUUUUCAAAAAUAAAAAAAUAGAAAAACCUCGAGGCACAUAAAAUCACCUGCAACUAGGUUAAUAGAUCAUGUUCCUUCGAAAAUAGUCAGUGAAUGCAUAGUGAUCCUGUCUAUUAUAAACUGAGAUCUGUCCACCAAAACAAUUUGAAGGCAAUUUUAGGGUUUUCUGUGUCGAAUAAUCGUUCCAUGCUGUGUGCCUCUCGUUAAUUUCUGCUAGCCGCGAUUUAUGCGGCGAAUGGCCUUUUCUGCAGCUCCACUGCCAUUCACACGGUUGGAUGAACGAUAUUACUAGAACUUUUCAUUCAAUAAACGAAUGUUUUCUCGUGAAUCGUUCUUGAAGCGAUCCGUCUUCACGCAGCCGCCUAAAGCAAUCGUGGAGCGAUUUUUCGUUGAGCUCUGCUUUGUUUUGACGCGGCCCUCUAGCCGUUUGUACCACUGAGGCACUGCCGAGGUGUUUUUAUUUCUAACCCACAACUGAACGGUCUUAACUCCAUUUCACGCACAGUAACUGUGUACAAGGCCUCGUCGUGCAUUAAAAUAUUGGAAUAAAGAGGAAGGGAAGCCUCAAUUUAUACCAAAGACAGGAUAUUUACAGUGGUAAACGGGAAGCGAUAUGUCAACAAGAAAGGGCGGAAACGAUCAGAGAUUUAAGAGUGUACUUUAAAACACUCCGAACACGGGAAACGGGUUAAUUUUUACUGGCGCUUCUGAAACGAAAAAGGCAUUGGAAUCUGAAAUAAUGUAGUGAACCAAUCCAAAGCGAAAAUUUAGGGGGCAGAAACGCACCAGUGAAUAGGUUGUAAUGAUAGCAUACUUCUCACAGUACACUGCGAGAUUGCGUCGAGAUUUCAGUGAUUUACGGCUGCAUGGUGACAAGCCUAUUUUCUUUCCUGUUUAAACGUUUCUGUUAUCAAAGGGACACGCGUACUGUUAAAUCCGCUUGGCAGAAAAAAUAUCAUAAUACUGCUGACAAAGUGGUAUUUAAUAUUGAAACUAUUUCAAAAGAUACCAGCUCAGUUUAGAGGUUGUGCGAGCUCUCGGUAGUGGAAGCUCCGGUGAUUUUCACCAAAACACAGUGCUUAAGGACUUUACCAUUUUGUCUCUUAUUUGGGCUAAACAACGACCGGACGUAAUACGUUACAAAGCAGCAUUCAACUUUGCUUGCCACUGGCCGAAUAAUAGCUCUCAGCCGUUUAAGAAAUGUUUCAUUUAUCUUUGCUGCGAAUCCUUCCUUGAUCUGAAAGAGCAGUAACAUUCAUGGCCUCCAUGCACACGUUCGGUAAGAAAAAAUAAACUCACUCGAAGUUUUUGCCAUUUACUUGAAAGUAGAAAAUAAUUGAAAUCUCAAAAAGCUAAUAUAAUUUUCUUAUUUUCUCUGGUAAAAAGAUAUUCGCUGUCAUCUUUGUCUUAGAGCGAAAUUGAGUUAUUUUGGAAUAAUGUGGUAAUUUGCAAUGUUCUAAUUUUUUCUUUCACUUUCUUCUUAAGCUGCAGUUUAUGAUCCAAGUGUUCAUUCCUUUUACGACGAACCUUUGCCGUACGCAGAGAGAUAUCAUAAAUACACCGACUUCAAAGAACACAAGCCAACUUAUAGGGACGGUAAGUCUAACAAUUUUUUCCCUACUAAAGGUUUUUAUAACCCUUCGCGUCGACUCGAGUUUCGUGUAAAGGUAAACCCAUUAAAUGUCGCAAGUAAACCUUUUUUUCCAUUUCGAUGGAAAUUAAUCUGUCGCAGAUUUCGCCUGCUUCUUUACUUUCUGAUUUUUUUUUGUGUAUGUGACAGCAAACUGAACAGCAACGAACACAGAAAAAUAUUUGUACAAAUACUUGAGUGAACGGAAGAUACUUGCUGGUAAAUUAAUAUGAUUUAUACAACACCGCUCUAGUUUGCAAACGAUCAAGGUAUUACGCGUAUCACAGAGGGGGUUUCCUUUACAAGAUUUUCUAUUUCUCGAUAAUAAACCGAUGUGAAAGAAGACCAUGGAAAAAAGCAUUAAAUUUUUCAUUGCACCUGCUUUAUUUGGUCAAAAUUAAACCUAUUGGAUAUCAUAUCUAGCGCUAUAGAACUUUCUCGUUUUCUGAGGAUUUAUAGAAAUUUUGAUUUUCUUUCUGGACAUAUUUUUUAACGAACGGAUACAAAGUGCUCCAAAAUCGCAAAUUCUAGCUCGAUAACUGAUGAGAUGAAUUUUGUGCUAAAAGCGUGCGCGCUAUCUCUGUAUUGCACUAAUUACCAGACUUAUUUUGAUUACAUUCGUAAAGCAGCAAGGCACCCAAGAAAUAUUCAAUGCGACACAUGAACACCGUUGAGAUAUUUAUCAAACACUUUGCCAUUACCUAGUCAUUACACGAAGUAAACCGUUUUCCGGAUAAAAGCUACAGUGUAAUCUUUACUUAACCAUUAUUCUUGCCAAGCAAUUUUUUUAUUCGUAUCUUGCCUUAAGAAAACGAAACCAUCCGCUAACGUGUAAUUGCUUAAAUUGGUGGAAAAUUCACCUCCUUUUCGAUUCUAUAUCAUCAAUUAAUUUCAGGAAGUUUUCUUGCUGAUUAAGACAUAAAUAUUAGGCAAAAACGCAACUUUUCCAACGAGAUCUAUGCCUCGAUUCAAAAUGGGUGUGCGAGGAGUGUUUGAAAGACCCGGAUGUUAGCGCCACUUGAAACAGCUAAAAUAGACAAUGAGCACAGAACCAACUAAGUCCGCGUGAAUUCGGUUUUGUUCAAAAACCAGUGGGAAACACAAUGUCGGUCUAAUCAUUUUUUACCUUUUUUCCAGAAAGUAUUGCUUCUUUGCUCUUCUUUUUUGAAUAAUUACAAGAUAAAUUACUUUUAGGAAAACCAAACAUGGUGACGCCAAACUUUUCAGAAUCUUUGACAAAUGUCAAAAUCGUUUGAUUUCUAUUCUGUUAAGGGAACUUUGCACGUCGCAAGAUUAAUUUCGAUCUUUUAUUUGUUAUUUUCGUUUUGUAACUUAAUUAAAACGUGAAAUGCAAACGUUUUUGCAGAGAUCACCCACCGAACAUCAAAUUAAGCCACACGCGAAGACAGCAAUUUCAAAUGAAAACUAUUGCUCGUAAAAACCCAUGGGAUGUCUCUAUCGCAAAGAUCACGGCCAAACUACAUUAUGCAAACAGAGCAACCUUCGGACUUACAAAUGCGUCAUCUGCUGCGCUGAAGUUUCUUAAUCGACUAAAAGUGUUUUGAAUAUCAAUGGAAAGUUAGAAGAGCCAUUUCAUAUCUCUGGGCGCUUUGUCAAAGUGCAGCUAAUGGUGUUUUCUUGCAAUUAAUCAAGUUUCAUCGUAUUCUUUCAAUGAUAAGCUCUGGCUAAUACGCUCCCCACACAUGGCUUUUCUCUGCUCGGUUAUUUUGAACUAUUUAGUAUGCGCAACAGCUGUAAAGAGUAGCAUUUUACGAGAGCAGUCUAAUUUGAAUACACUCAGCAAAAUGGGAAAAUAAUUUUUCUAUUCUUCGGUUAGGAAUCAAAAAAAACUUUUCAAUAGGCAUGGCCUUAAACACACGGUGAAAAUUAGGGAAAAUGAAAAAAAGAAGCAUGAAAGGAGACGAAAUUUAAACCACGUUUAAAAAAUUGUUGCAGAGCGCUCCUAGAAACGGCUUUUAGGUAUUUGAUACACUCGGUAUUUCUUCUCGUGGAAAAACAAACGGAACAGCGUAUUCUUUUAGUUUUGAAAGGUUACUUAUAACUUCGAAAGGUAAAAAAGGCAGUAUACAAUUAAAUGUGCUUUAAAGAUUUAUUCAUUGCUGUUUCGAACCUAAGUAACUAAAAAUAUUCACAAUCAAAUUUUCCCUGUUUAUGAAGUGGACAUCUUGCCUUCCUGAAAAACAUGUAAUUCAAUUAUUGCGACUUCAGACAAAAUUUGCUUUUCACCCACCAAGAUAGCCCUCGCUGCUUUUUUGAUUCAUAAAAUGGUGUAUUGGUUUGGUUCCGCGAAAGUUGUCAAUAGUCCUAAAGAUUUCCUGCACAUCUGGCCUCAUUGCGAAUGUAAUUGUGUUUUUUUUCCUAUUUUCUGGUCCAGACUGUUUUUCCGAGUAAUAUCUAAAACAGAAUCACUUUGACAUUAGCAGCUAACUGUGUAUGAAUGAUUCAUGAAUGAUCUAUUAAAUUUCUAUACUUUUACAUGAAACAAUGAAUUUUUCAAAAGUAAUGUUUAUGUUUAACUUGCCAAGAAAAAUACGACUGAUUGUAUGAAUAUCUCCCUUUGGAUGUCAUUCUUUAAAUCACCAGUAAGGUCACCGUAAAGUCUAAAAUGGAUGUGUAAGUUAUUAAAACGUGCCGUUCUUUUGCAAAACAUAGGUCCUGAGUUUAAAGUUCCGAACGGUGUCACAUAUCCAGAACCCAGGGCCUUCCAAAGACGGGGCUCAUUGCAACUGUGGCAGUUCCUUGUGGCUCUUUUGGACGAGCCUGAAUGUUCCUCGUUUAUCGCUUGGACGGGGCGUGGCAUGGAGUUCAAACUCAUUGACCCUGAAGAAGUAGCUCGUCGAUGGGGAAUUCAGAAAAACCGCCCUGCCAUGAACUACGACAAACUGAGCCGUUCUCUUCGUUAUUACUACGAGAAAGGAAUUAUGCAGAAAGUAGCUGGUGAACGUUAUGUCUACAAAUUUGUGUGCAGUCCUGAGGCCCUCUUCAGCAUGGCAUUUCCUGAUUCACAGAAACCUUACAUCAAGCCAGAGUGUCGGGAGCCAAAGCCUGUGAGCCCGCACGCACCUCAGCAGCUUCUUCCUAUGCCAAAAGAAUCAUAUCCCAAGCCACCCUUUCCUCAACAGCACUUUGUCAACCCCUCAGCCAGUUGUUAUCAAGCAGAGUGGGACCUGGACACUACAUGUGUAUACUAGGCUUAUGAGCUUCAAACAAACAAACAAACAAAAAAACAAUGAUAACGAAGCAGCUGUAAGUUUUGCAAUGAAAAGUUAAAUAUUGUAUCAUGACAAAAAUCAUACUUUGCAGAAUGAUUUGGCAAUGCAGUGAUAUGGAAUAUCACGUAGCUUUUCGAAUGAUUCCUUCGCAUAUUUUAUGACUCCUUCUCGGCCAAUAUAAUUUGAGCCUAUUCUUAUACAUGACCAGCAAGGAAUAAUCAAAGAAAAGAAAAAUUGACCUUGAACCGCCGCUGCUAUUGUUAUUGACGAAAAUUCAGGAUCGAAAAAGGAAUGCCUUGGGCUAUACGCACCACGUGAUAUUUUGUAUGCAAAGCCGGCCGGCCUUUGUAAAGUUAGAGUGUCAAUAAAAACCAGAUAUAUGAAAAUAUGUGGAUACGAUCUAUUCCAGCGUAAGAUUGUUGGAGUACUCGUGUUUUGUCUAUAGAUGUAAGAAAAAACAUUAUAUCAAUAACAUUAUUGUUUAUAAGAUGUAAAAUACAUUUUGACUGAAUAUCUAUGAAAUUAAAUUUGUAAUAUUUCUGAGGCAACUUGAGAGCUCAAUAAAAAGAUGACAAAAUGAAAAACGAAUAAGACUGC